GCGACAGGCGGGUGGGCUGGAGAAGGUGGACGCGUUGGAGCCUCGGGCGGUCAGAUGAGUGAUGAGGAAACAGCUUUAGGAAGUUUGAAUUACUUCUUUAAGGUCAUGCAACUAACAGGAAUCUGACCCUCUGGGGCAUGACUGUUGAGCUGUUUAUUUCUGGGCUGUGCUAGCAGGACCUUUCAAAGGAAGAGCAAUGGCUGCAGCAGCUGCUUCUCACUUGAACCUGGAUGCUCUCCGGGAAGUGCUAGAAUGCCCCAUCUGUAUGGAGUCUUUCACAGAAGAGCAGCUGCGGCCCAAACUUCUGCACUGUGGCCAUACCAUCUGCCGCCAGUGCCUAGAGAAGCUACUGGCCAGUAGCAUCAAUGGUGUCCGCUGUCCCUUUUGCAGCAAGAUUACCCGCAUAACCAGUCUGACCCAACUGACAGACAACCUGACAGUGCUGAAGAUCAUUGAUACUGCAGGGCUCAGUGAGGCUGUGGGGCUGCUCAUGUGCCGGUCCUGUGGGCGGCGUCUGCCCCGGCAGUUCUGCCGGAGCUGUGGUUUGGUGUUGUGUGAGCCCUGCCGGGAGGCAGACCACCAGCCUCCUGGCCACUGUACACUCCCUGUCAAAGAGGCAGCUGAGGAGCGGCGUCGGGACUUUGGAGAGAAGUUGACCCGUCUGCGGGAGCUUAUGGGGGAGCUACAGCGGCGGAAGGUAGCCUUGGAAGGUGUCUCCAAGGACCUUCAGGCAAGAUAUAAAGCGGUUCUCCAAGAGUAUGGGCAUGAGGAGCGCAGGGUCCAGGAUGAGCUGGCUCGCUCUCGGAAGUUCUUCACAGGCUCUUUGGCUGAAGUUGAGAAGUCUAAUAGUCAAGUGGUAGAGGAGCAGAGUUACCUUCUUAACAUUGCAGAGGUGCAGGCUGUGUCUCGCUGUGACUACUUCCUGGCCAAGAUCAAGCAGGCAGAUGUAGCACUACUGGAGGAGACAGCUGAUGAGGAGGAGCCAGAACUCACUGCCAGCUUGCCCCGGGAGCUCACCCUGCAAGAUGUGGAGCUCCUUAAGGUAGGUCAUGUUGGCCCUCUCCAAAUUGGGCAGGCUGUUAAGAAGCCCCGGACAGUUAACAUGGAAGAUUCCUGGGCCAUGGAGGCUGCAGCCUCUGCUGCCUCUACCUCUGUUACAUUUAGAGAGAUGGACAUGAGCCCUGAGGAAGUAGCUGACAGCCCCAGGGCCUCUCCUGCUAAGCAGCGAGGUCCUGAGGCAGCUUCUAAUAUCCAGCAGUGCCUCUUUCUCAAGAAGAUGGGGGCCAAAGGUAGCACUCCAGGCAUGUUUAAUCUUCCAGUCAGUCUCUACGUGACUAGUCAAGGUGAAGUGCUGGUUGCUGACCGUGGCAACUACCGUAUACAAGUCUUUACCCGCAAAGGCUUUUUGAAGGAGAUCCGCCGCAGCCCCAGUGGCAUUGAUAGCUUUGUGCUAAGCUUCCUUGGGGCUGAUUUGCCCAAUCUCACUCCUCUCUCAGUGGCCAUGAACUGCCACGGGCUGAUUGGCGUGACUGACAGCUAUGAUAACUCCCUCAAGGUUUAUACCUUGGAUGGCCACUGCGUGGCAUGUCACAGGAGCCAGCUGAGCAAACCCUGGGGCAUCACAGCCCUGCCUUCAGGCCAGUUCGUAGUAACUGAUGUGGAAGGUGGAAAGCUCUGGUGUUUCACUGUUGAUCGAGGAGCAGGGGUGGUCAAAUACAGCUGCCUUUGCAGUGCUGUGCGGCCCAAGUUUGUCACCUGUGAUGCUGAGGGCACCGUCUACUUCACCCAAGGCUUAGGCCUCAAUCUGGAGAAUCGGCAGAAUGAGCACCACCUGGAGGGUGGCUUCUCCAUUGGCUCUGUGGGCCCUGAUGGGCAACUGGGUCGCCAGAUUAGCCACUUCUUCUCAGAGAACGAGGAUUUCCGCUGCAUUGCUGGCAUGUGUGUGGAUGCUCGUGGUGAUCUCAUCGUGGCUGAUAGCAGUCGCAAGGAAAUUCUCCAUUUUCCUAAGGGUGGGGGUUAUAGUGUCCUUAUUCGAGAAGGGCUCACCUGUCCAGUGGGUAUCGCUCUCACUCCUAAGGGGCAGUUGCUGGUCUUGGACUGUUGGGAUCAUUGCAUCAAGAUCUACAGCUACCAUCUGAGAAGAUAUUCCACCCCUUAGGAGAUUAGAAAUAUCAGUGUCUUCUGCUCCCCAGCCAACUUCCCUUCCCUAAGUCCUUGGUUGUUGGUGGUACAUAUAGAGUAGACUUGGCCUAUGUCCUGAUUCCAGCUGGGUAGUUCUAUAAGAUUUUAGAAGUUCCAUCUUUUAGUGUUUUUUUAUUUGUUAUUUCCCCCUCCCCACUUCUCACCUAAAUUCAGAGCUUUAACAGAUGCACUGCCCAAAUAGGACACAUGAUGAUGGUGUUAGCUAAAGUUUGGUUAGAAAUUAGGCACUUCCACGGCUUUGUAGAGAAAACCACUUUAGCCUUUUGCCCUUGUAUUUGAAAUGUACCCCUGUAUUAAGUUCUUGUUGAUUUUUCUCCCUGUUGGCUUUGAUGUUCUUGGUCCAUUGUUUCCUUCCUAUUAUAAUGUGCUUCAUCUGUGACACUUUCUCUUCAACUCUGGUUGCAUUCAAUGUGCAUGCUCCAGUGGGAUCUGCUCCACCUUUCAGUGACAUUUUAGACAUCAUAUUUCUCUCGCAUAGUCUCAGAUCACCUUUACCAGUGCAGUGUGAAAGCUUAUUCUUUUAGUGUCACCAAAGGGGAUGCACAGUCCCUUUGGAAAGCAGUACCUCUCUGCUGGGGGAUCUGUGCCAUCUUGGAUUGGUCUCUCAUUACAGAUGUGACAGAGAAUGGAUUGACCCUAACUGCUUGGUGUUGAAGACUUCAGCCUGGAAACUACUUGCCUUUUGAAGAAGCAUAUAUGGAUUGGAAUUAUGCCAAAGCAUAGAAAGAUGGGAAUAAGCAAAUGUAAAUGCUAAUAUAGUGAGCAAACAUGGGAAGUCUUGAGAGCUCAUCGAUUUUCAUACUACCUCUCUCCAUUGGCCUGUGCUAAGAGUUAUCUGAGGAAUUGUACAACAGAGGCCAAGGCCAGCAAAGUGGGGAGAUGGACAUGUCUCAUUUUCAUUACUAACAACAAACAACAAAACUGUUGGGUUGUUAUUUUGUAUUUUCCUCAAGUGAGUACAUACUGUUUGAUUCCAGGACUUAUUUCCAGUUCUCUGUCAAGCAUUAAAUAAUUCAUAACUGUUUCUUCA